AUGGACUGGAUUAUUGGUUGCAGAAGACACACCGGUUAGGUUAAUUAGGCGAGCAAUGAGAGAUUAGAUCGGAGGACAGUUGUUAAGAAGUAGAUUGAGUCACUAAUGAGCACGUGUCACACAUUAGAAUACAUAUGCUAGGCUGAGAAGAGUAAGGCGCAAAGUUAACUUUCUUGAGUUCCAAUGCCAAAUUGAGUAGAUUUCAUGUCGAAGAACAAUGAGGAUUUCCUUAAUUAAUUCGGAUCGGUUUGUAAUAAAGGGGGAAGUAUAUUUUUUUUAAAGAUGGAAGGAUGCUAAACUCGGAGUUUAUUGUUCACAUGUUUUUUCUUGUCAUUUCUCCGUGAGCCACGUGGUAUCGAGUACCUAACAAAAAGCUGAAUCAGCCGAACGCUUUUGGGUAGCUUGACAGUAAAAAUGGCGACAACCUGCACAUCUAACUGACAGAUAAUUCAAAUUUUAUGCGCAGCCGUCGUACUUCACACCCUUUGCACUGUCCCCCUCCCCCUCUUUCGAACGGCCGUUUUCGCGCCCUUGUUUGCGGCUCUCAGUGUCGAUUUACGGAGGAGAGGAAGUGUUCCAUUUUUCGACGGAAAAGGAUUGUUUUUUUGUGAUUUCGGAAAGAAAAUUCAUUCACAAUGUUAACAUUUGGGGAAACAUUGCAGUGGUGAACCUAUCGGAUAAAACCAUCUCGAGAACAGAGACUAUGUUCGAAAAAGUCUUGUACUUCUGAUAAAACUCGAUUGUCUUCUUUUUCUCUCUCUCCCUUCCUCUCUUCAUUACCCAUUUUCCUUGAAUUUCGUUUUUCUCAAUUGGCAACUAUCACUUCUUACACACGCACUCAUCUCUUUAUCUUCAGAGAAUCGGAGGCACAAACCGGUCCGCGGUUCAACACCAAUCGCAAAACUGGCGUCGAAUACACCGAAUACAUCGAAUCGGACGACACUUGGUCGUCGCUACGCGGUCGGAUCCGCCGAUCUCGCAACGCCGGAGCCGAGCGCCAAAAAAGGGUGGGCAAUUAUAAAAAGAAAAUGCAUUUUCUUAAACUUCGUAACAGCGUCAACACUAUUUUCAAAUAAUUUUCAAAUACUAAUUAAUUGUGGAAGCGUGAUAAUUGGCAGAAUUUCAGGCUUAUUCAAGAACAUUUAUAGAAAAUUCUGGUUUCAAUAUUCCGAUUUUAUAAAUGCGAAAAUUCGCAGUUAUAUUGUUCCGUGGCAUUCAAGUCACCUCGACCGAUUUUAUCUCUGCGUAUCUCUCACGAGUGCUUAUUGAUUUUUCGUCGGACGCCUGCUGCCCUUAGCCCGCAAUUUGUCAUCGUUUUCAGUCGAGUUUCACCGUCGACUAUGUAUUCGCUGAAACCGAAAGUGGUUGAGUUUAAUGAAGUUUGGAACGAUCUUCGUCCAUCAAUCAUCGACAUUAUCAAUUUGCGCCCAAUUACCAACGUUCAGUGGCAUCACAAGUUCAGGUUCGUUGCAACGGCAAAAGUGUUGAAAUGGUUGCUUUAAAGUUUGGAGUAAAAACAUGAUUAAAUAUUCUUUUUCGUUUUUCAGUGAUGUCUAUGACAUUUGUGUAUCCAUCCCGAAGCCAUUGAGUGAUCAGCUCUACACAGAGGUAAAUUAGUUCGCGCAAAUGUAAUUUUGAAAAUUACCGCAUUUUCAGGUUAAGAAGUGUAUUACGGAUCAUGUUGCUCAAAAGCGAGCUGAAAUAAGUGAGGUCGAUCCGGAUUUGUUGCUCCAGGAAUACCACAAAAUGUGGACAGUUUUCCACGAGGGAGCCAUCUACAUUCACCGCCUCUUCGGGUUGGAAUAAAUGAAUCCAUAAUGGAAGGUGUAAUUCUGUUCGUUUUCAGAUAUCUGAACAAGCAGUUUGUCAAACAAAAACGAUGCACCGAUCUGGACAACUUCACGCAGUACGCCGCCUUCCUUCAGAUCCCGGACGUCAAGGAGAUUGGAUGUGUAAGUCAUCUGAAGUUGGUUUUCACAAAUCAUCAUCAUGGUUUUAGCUGGCAUUGGAAAUUUGGAAAGAGCAACUUGUGAAAACAAUUCUGGCGAAGCUCGUCCAGCUUCUGCUCAUCGCCAUUGACGGCGAUCGAAAAGGAAACUUCCCGCAGGUAGCGUCAGUCGUCUCGGGCGUCAUCAACAGUUUCGUCAAGAUGGAGGAGACCGACUUUGAAGCCGUUCCGGAAGGAACUCGUUAUAGAGCACGCGAGUCGACCACCGCUUUCUAUCAGGAGAGCUUCGAGAAACCGUAAGUGUUUUAGAGCUUUCGAUACUAUUCUCAUUCAUUGUCAGACUUCUGAUGGAUACCGAGCAAUACUACUCGGCACUGGCUCAAAAGAUGCUCGCUGAGCUCAGCUGCAGUCAAUACAUGGAGCAGGUCAUAUUGCUUCUCGAACAAGAAGAGUUGCGUGCCAAAAAGUACUUGCAUGAGUCGAGCGUCGACAAAGUAAUCCAACUGUGUCAAAAAGUGAUGAUAAAAGCGCACAAGGAGAAGUUGCACGCGGUUUGCCACGAGCUCAUCACCAACGAGGAGAAUAAGGACCUCCGCAACAUGUAUCGUCUUCUGAAGCCGAUUCAGGCCGGCCUAUCGGUGAUGGUCAAGGAGUUCGAGGAGUACGUCAAGAGAAAGGGACUGGAGGCAGUGGCCCGACUCUCCGGAGACAACGUCCCACAGCAAUUUGUGGAGAAUGUGCUCAAAGUGUACAACAAGUUCAACGACAUGAAAACUGCUGUGUUCAUGGACGACGGAGAGUUCUCCAGUGGCCUCGACAAGGCUCUGCAGGGUGUUGUCAACUCGAAAGAGGCUUCUCCGAAUGCCAGUGAACGUCUGGCUCGUUACACAGACUCGUUGCUCAAAAAGACGACGAAAGGGUUGUCGGAGACGGAUUUGGAGGCAAAACUCGGCAGCGCCAUUGUCAUCUUCCGCUACAUUGAAGAUAAGGACGUGUUCCAGAAGUUCUACUCAAAAAUGCUCGCCAAUCGACUCAUCGCCAGCACUUCUAUUUCGAUGGACGCCGAGGAGAUGAUGAUCAACAAGCUGAAGCAAGCGUGCGGAUACGAGUUCACCAGCAAACUGUCCCGAAUGUUCACUGACAUCGGAUUGAGUCAGGAGCUGUCCACUUCCUUCGACGGUCAUCUGGUCGGCGUCAAGGAAUCGCAACCAGAUGUCAAGUUCGUCCCGACAACGGCUCUCGUCCUGCAGGCCGGCAGCUGGCCUCUGAAUGCUCCGCAGUUGUCGACUAGUGCGGCGCACAGCCAAACGGCCCAAGAGGUGUCGAACUUCCACUUGCCGAGCAUACUUCUUCCAGUUUGCACAGAAUUCGAAAAGUUCUACACAGGAAAGCAUAAUGGACGCAAACUGACGUGGCUCUUCAACAUGUCGCAAGGAGACGUCCGUCUAUGCUAUCUGGACAAACAGUACGUGGCCCAGAUGUACGUUUAUCAAAUGGCCGCCGUGCUCUGCUUCGAACGUCGUGACACCAUCAGUGUGCAGAUAAUCGGAGAGGAAAUCGGAGUGAAGGGUGAGUACCUGCUCAAGACGAUGCGCACGAUUGUCGACGCGUCGAUUCUCACGUGCGAGGAUUCCACACUGACGAUUAACUCAACGCUGAAGCUGAAUAAAACGAUGACGUCAAAGAGAAUGAAGUUCCGAUUGCAAGCACCGCAAAUCAACAAACCAGUUGAAAAAGAGCAGGAGUCGGUGGCUAACACAGUGAGUUCUAAGGGAGGCUGAGCCGAAAAAUAACAGAAUUUAGUUUCAGGUCUCACAGGAUCGCAAGUACUACAUGGAGUGUGCCAUAGUACGAAUCAUGAAGACGAGGAAAGUGCUGAAGCACAAUGCGCUUGUCUCAGAGGUAAAUAUUUUAAUGAGAGUAGUAUUAAUCUUCCAAUAUACCGUUCUUCAAAACAAUGUCUUGCAGAUAAUGGAUCAAACGAAAGGACGUUUCACGCCCGACAUUCCGUUCAUCAAAAAGAGCAUAGAAGAUCUCAUCGAGAAGAUGUACAUUCAGAGAACCGACCAGAACGACGAGUAUCAGUACCUGGCGUAA